UAAGCCUUCCUCUCUGCUGUCUUUCAACAGAUGUGAACACCAAAGAAAUGCAGAGAGGCAACCAGACUUCUGUGCCUUACUUCAUUCUGGUAGGCCUGCACCACCCACCUCAGCUGGGGGUACCACUCUUCCUUACCUUCCUUGCCAUCUACUUCCUCACUGUCUCUGGCAAUGGACUCAUCAUUCUCACUGUCUUGGUGGACAUCCGGCUCCACCGGCCCAUGUACUGGUUCCUAUGUCACCUCUCUUUUUUAGAUAUGACUAUUUCUUCUGCUAUUGUACCCAAGAUGCUAGCUGGCUUUCUCUUGGAUAGCAGAGUUAUCUCCUUUGGGGGCUGUGUAAUUCAACUCUUUUCUUUCCAUUUCUUGGGCUGUACCGAAUGCUUUCUUUACACACUUAUGGCUUAUGACCGAUUCCUGGCUAUUUGUAAGCCUUUACACUACGCUACCAUCAUGACUCGCAGUGUCUGUAACUACCUGGCUUUUGGCACCUGGCUUGGAGGGACCAUCCACUCGCUUUUCCAAACCAGUUUCAUAUUCAGGCUGCCUUUCUGUGGCCCAAACAGAGUUGACUACUUUUUCUGUGACAUACCUGCCAUCCUCCGUCUAGCUUGUGCAGACACCACCAUCAAUGAGCUGGUCACCUUUGUAGAUAUUGGCUUCCUGGCUCUCACCUGCUUUAUGCUCAUCCUCACUUCCUACGGCUACAUCGUAGCUGCCAUUCUGCGAAUCCGGUCUGCAGAUGGGCGUCGCAAUGCCUUCUCUACCUGCGCUGCCCACCUCACUGUGGUGAUUGUUUACUACGUGCCAUGCACCUUCAUUUACCUGCGACCUGGCUCACAGGAACCUCUGGAUGGGGUAGUUGCUGUCUUCUACACAGUCAUCACUCCCUUGCUUAACCCCGUCAUCUACACACUGCGCAACAAAGAGAUGAAGGCAGCAUUACGGAGGCUGGGAGGCCUUAAAGAGGUGCAGCCUCACUGACUUCACCCAG